AUCUGUCAAAUAGUUACAUUCAGCGCCAUCUGUGAACAGCGUAUUCAUGCGCAGUUCUUGGCAUAAAUAUAUUUUUUCUGUCUACGUGUAGAAUGUUGAAUAUGUACAUGAUCCGGUGAUUUCUAAAAUAAAAGUACCUCGUGCUUUAUAAAUCAUCAAUAAUUUAAUGAAAAACAUUAUUAACUAUGAAACUUCUUUGUACACUUAUCGUUCUUUCCUUCGCUAUCGGGGCGUAUACCGAUGAACACAAUCACAUAUACGAAGAUAAUGAAGAAAUUGUGUUAUGGAUGAAUACAGUAGGACCAUAUCAUAAUAGACAAGAAACAUAUGCAUAUUUCUCGUUACCUUUCUGUGUUGGUUCUAAAGAUACAAUUGGUCAUUACCAUGAAACUCUUAGUGAUGCUUUACAAGGAGUUGAACUAGAGUUUAGUGGUAUAGAACUUGAAUUCAAAAUUAAUAUGUCCCGAGGAGAUUACUGUGCUGUCCAGUUAGAUGAAGAAAAAUACAAAGCAUUUGUAUAUGCUGUUAAAAAUCAUUACUGGUACCAAAUGUACAUAGAUGGUUUACCUAUUUGGGGAGUAGUAGGAGAAAUGAAAGAUAACAGUUACUACAUUUGGACGCACAAGAAAUUUGAAAUAGGAUAUAAUGGUAAACAAAUUAUUGAUGUCAAUUUAACAUCUGAAGAAAAAGUCGAGUUGAAACCUACUGCUCAAUUAAAAUUUACUUAUGAAGUUAUUUGGAAGAAGAGCAACGUUAAGUUUGAAGACAGAUUUGAUAAGUACUUAGAUCAUAACUUUUUCCAACACAGGAUUCAUUGGUUUAGUAUUUUUAACAGUUUCAUGAUGGUAAUAUUCUUAGUAGGUUUAGUUUCAAUGAUUCUUAUGAGGACUCUUAGAAAAGAUUAUGCGAGAUAUAGCAAAGAUGAAGAUAUUGACGAUAUGGAACGUGACUUGGGAGAUGAAUAUGGUUGGAAACAGGUUCAUGGUGAUGUUUUUCGUCCCGCUUCUCAUUCCAUAUUAUUUUCAGCCCUAAUUGGUGCUGGUCAUCAAUUGACUUUUGUUGUCUUUAGUGUUAUAGUUUUCGCUAUUUUAGGAGAACUGUAUACGGAGAGAGGAUCUUUACUUACCUUGUCAAUCUUUGUAUAUGCCAUAACAUCACCUAUCAAUGGAUACUUUGGUGGAUCUCUCCAUGCUAGAAUGGGUGGUAAAGCAUGGAUAAGACAGUUAUUUGUAUCAGCCUUCAUCCUACCUGCAUUUGUUUGUGGUACAGCUCUAUUUAUCAAUUUCAUAGCUAUAUAUUAUCACGCUUCAAGGGCUAUACCUUUUGGAACUAUGGUGGCUGUAACGUGUAUCUGUUUGUUCUUGAUUCUACCACUCACGCUAUUUGGUACAGUCCUAGGUAGAAAUCUGGCAGGUCAACCUGAUUAUCCCUGUCGUAUUAAUGCGGUACCGAGACCUAUUCCAGAGAAAAAAUGGUUUAUGGAACCAGGAGUGAUUAUCUUAUUAGGAGGAGUUUUACCGUUUGCCAGUAUUUUCAUUGAAAUGUACUUUAUAUUCACAUCGUUUUGGGCGUAUAAAAUCUAUUAUGUUUAUGGUUUUAUGUUGUUGGUAUUUAUAAUCUUGAUUAUAGUUACUGUAUGUGUUACAAUCGUAUGCACUUACUUUCUAUUGAAUGCUGAAGACUAUCGUUGGCAAUGGACUUCAUUCUUAGCUGCAGCUUCGACUUCAAUAUAUGUCUAUGUGUACGCAAUCUAUUAUUUCUUUUUCAAGACAAAGAUGUAUGGUUUGUUCCAGACGACUUUCUAUUUCGGUUACAUGGCUCUAUUUAGCGGUGCGCUCGGUAUAAUGUGCGGAACUGUCGGUUAUAUCGGUACGAGUAUAUUUGUAAGAAAAAUAUAUUCGACUGUUAAAAUUGACUGAUGUUGUUGUGACAAAUAUGUAAAUAGGUGCGUUGAAUAUUCGUUGAAGAAUUAAAGAGUCUUUCACGUUAAUUUUAAAUUUUUUUUUUACAAAAAAUGUUCUUUAAAAUUGACAGUAGAUGGCGUUUUAAUAUUUUGAGCAAUUUAACUAAUUGUCAAAAUCAGCUGAUGUUCAUUUAAAAAUGGCCGCCUUGGGGUAAACAAAUAAGUUUCUGUGUGAUUUAUUGGAUUUUAGACCUUAUUAUUUGCAGUUUUACCGCAAAAUGAUUGGUUAAAGAUAAAGUACGAAACAUCCUUCCGAAAAUCUGGAUUUGUUGAUUUUUUUUUCAAUCAUGCAGUGUCGUGCAUAGGUAAGGUUAUAAAUAGAAGUUAACACGGGUAGAUAGGAGAAAAUCGAUUGUUUACCCUACGGCCACCAUUUUGACGUAUAUCAGAUGUUUAUUAGAUUGAGGUUAGGUGUGAAGUUAUGGAAAAUGGAAACUUUAUUUAGUCGAUUUCUUGUGUUGAUUCUACUGUCAGCAUCUUUGAAACUCUCAAAUCAUUUGUUUUUUUUUAUUGUGUGAUUAUGUAAACAUAAAAAUACUUUAAUUUUCGGUAUAGUUUUUAUUCCCUGUAUAUAUUCCAAGUAUUUAUGAUUUUUUAAAAUUUAUUAGUUGGGCCAGUCAAAAUAAGCUAAUAGCCAAUAAUUUGGUCAUUUUUGAUGUGAUUUAUAUGAAUUUAUUAUUUUGGUUAAUUGUGAAAAUAAUUUAAUAUAAAAAUAGAAUAAAAA